AUGAGCAUCCCCGUUCAAAAGACGCCCCCCGAUGCGAGGGUAAACUACAUUAUCGACCAACUCGAGGGCGAGCGCCUCACAAUCCCUGGAAGCAAGGGCGCCUUCCGAAUCCUAGCAUCAUCUAAGCAGACCAAUGGCGGCAUCGCCGUCUUCUCGAGCGGCGCUGUGCUAUCUGACGCCCCUGGCUUCCACUGGCAUGACGAAGCCCACGACGUGUUCCUCGUUACCAAAGGCUUCCUCAAGCUAUGGAACGGUGACAAAUGCCGCAUUUUGGGACCCGGCGAUUUCGCAUAUGUUCCCCCUAAAAUUAUCCACAACCCUGAGCUCCUGGGCCCCCAUACCGAGACUCUUGGUCUCGUUGCGCCUGGCGACUGGGUUGACUUUUUUAGAUAUGUCGCCGAGACGUACUCGGGCGUCAUUGUACCAGAGAAUGAUGAUCGUGAUCUGAAAGCUCUUUUGAUCCCCAAGGUUAUGGCGGCCAAGGACCGCUUCGACGUCCAUUUCAAGCGAGACUACCAACCACCAGAGGUUGGCGAGUGGCUCGACUCUGAAAACACACUGCCCGGACCUCUGGAGCCUUAUUUCCUCCGUGCCAACACCGGACCUAGGUGGCUCCUCGGUGGUGUCAUGUCGCGCCCAUUUAUCAACGCCUCUCAAUGCAGCGAAAAAUUCGCAAUCUCAAGCAUCGAGUCGUCAAAUGUUUAUACCAGCUCCCCUCUGGCCAAGUGGCUCAACUUCCCCACGGUUGACCACUGCUUUUGUGUUAUGGAGGGUCUGUUGAAGGUCAAGACUAAGGGAGAGGAGGACUGGAACACUGUCCGAGAGGGACAGACCGUCGUGUUGUCCGCUGGACAAUCAUUUACUUUGGAAUUUGCCAGUCGAUAUGUGAGAGUCAUCUCCUUCACAAAUGGCCGCGGUAUCGAGGAGCUGAUCCAGACCGCUGGAUCCUCAUACACCAGUUUUAUCCUACCAGAGGAGGCCCCGGAGUGGGAUGAAGCUGCCAUCCAAACUGCAUGCGGAAAACUUGGUGUCAAGGUUGAGGCCUAA